AUGCCACUCAAAUUGCUUUGCCUGCAUGGUUGGGGCACGAACAUCAAGGUAGCACAGCCCUCAGCUCUGCUGCCACAUACUGACGAGACAGGCGGGUUGAUGACCGAACUCCAACGAGACAACACGGCGACAUUUCAUUUUGUCGAAGGCGACAUUGACUCGGUGCCGGGUCCUGGCAUCGCAGGAUUCUAUGACGGUCCCUACUACAGCUACUACAAGUUCCCCCGGUCGUUUUUUGACCCGGACGGCAGCGAGGACGAAUCCUUGCACGAAGCAUACAACCUCCUCUAUGACAUCAUCGAUGAGGACGGUCCCUUUGAUGGUAUUCUAGGCUUCUCGCACGGAGGAACCCUGGCUUCGGGCUUUCUCAUCCAUCAUGCGAAGACGUAUCCGCAUGAACCACCUCUCUUUCGAUGCGCUAUAUUCAUCAAUUCCCUACCACCGUUCCGUAUGAGCCCUGGCGAGAACCCUGUAAUCGACCCAGAUCUUGACGGCUAUAUCAAGAUACCGACUGUAAGCAUCGCUGGGGCGAAGGAUCCGUUGUUCAAGUAUUCGCUUGCAUUGCACAGGUUGUGUGAUCCGUCAAAGUCCACGUGGAUAGUGCAUAGCAAGGCCCACGAUAUUCCCAACGAUAAGAAAAAUGUCGCUUUGAUGGCUGCUGGUAUCCGCAAGUUGGCCAUUGAAGCUUUGGCGAUAUGGUGA